AUGGCAACUAUGGAAUUGAAAUGUGCUUAUGGGAUACUACUAGUUGUUGGUUACUGGUUGCUGGAGCCGGUUCCUAUGACUGUAACAGCCUUAAUGCCUAUCUUCCUAUUUCCACUCUUAGGAAUCAUCGGUUCAGUUGACAUAGCUUCAAAUUACAUGAAGGAAAGCUCCAUGACGUUCCUCGGUGCUUUCGCUGUGGCAAUCGCAAUAGAAGAUUGCAUGCUGCAUGAAAGAAUAGCCCUCAAAGUAUUACUGACCAUUGGAACAGAAAUAAAAUGGCUUAUGCUAGGUUUCAUGUUGACCACCAUGCUCUUAUCCAUGUGGAUAAAUAAUAUGGCGACGGCAGCCAUGAUGGUACCUGUUAUCGAUGCUGUCCUAAGAAGGAUAUCGAAUGUUAGAAACAUCGGUGACAACCCUGUAGAAGAAAGCGAUGAGGCGUCUUCGACAGAAAGUAGGCAAGUGGAUGGCCAUGAAGAGGAGAAUAAUUCUGCGGAAACGUCCACGAUAGAGACUGAAACUUCAGGUCCCCGUCGUUCCGUUAUCAAAAUGGCACUUUUGCUGGGUGUCUGCUACUCGGCCAAUAUCGGAGGAACGGGUACAAUAACUGGAACAGGGCCUAAUCUUAUGCUUAUAGGUUUCCUCGAAGA